AUGAGAGGCCGUGCUGACGCUGGGGUUCGACCGCGUCGCCGUGGAGCUCGAAUCCUCGGAAAGCUUGGGAAAGCACAGGGUCAGAAAGCAGGCGAUGCUGGCGGUGUUGUGCGGGCUCAACGGGGAUUCGUCGUUGUGGUAGAGAAGCCCCACCGCGGCCUGGUACUUUCGCUGGUGCAGCAUCAUGUCUUCAGUCAGGAAGGACGCGACGGCAGCCUCUGA